AUGGCGGGAUUCUUCCCUCCGCUCUCAUUCGAUCCCUCAGACACUAUCGAGGAGGCGUUCAUUGCGCCGCCUCCUAACGUGAUGGAGAACAAAGAGAUCCUCGAAGAGGCAGAAAAGCGCACGCUCUACGAAGACUUCGCCAGCGUCGGGAUCGCCCCGGACACGUAUCUCUCCCUCGAAGAACUAGUUGCCCGCCUUAGACGCUCGCGGAGGAGCUACGACGAGGAGAUGAUUCGGCGCAUCUUCUCAGCCCUCUCUUCGUAUUCUGUCACAGGAACGAACUACAUAUCAGGCCGGACUUUCAUCGAGUCUUACAUGAAGCGUCGGCGUGAACUGGGCGCGGUGCUCGAGACUGCGCGCGGCGAGCUCGAGAGCGUGGAGCGCAUGCUCCAGCAGGCGGAAACCAACUUGCAGGCCAUCGAAAGAAACCCUGCAGCCAGCAUGGGAGAAGAGAGCAAGCUGACAGUCCAGGUCGUCUCCGUGCAGCACCUGCAGGACGCGUCGUGCGGAAAUUCCGAAGGCGCACUGUACAAAGUGCAUCUGGAGUGCCAACAGCAGGUGAUUGAGACUCAGCCUGCGACGGUGCGCCAGGGCAGUUGCUACAUGAACGAGGUCUUCUCCUUCGAAGUCAGCAAGCACGGCGGCAGCUUGCGCCUGUGUCUAGUGCGCGUGGAUCCCUACGGCGGUCCAGACGAGCUGGUCGGCGACUGCGCAGUGCUUCUCGAGCAGCUCGCAGACCAGAAAAAGCACGAGAUGACGAAGGAGAUCUGGGGGCACAAGGGCGAGAUCGUUCUUUCGUGCCAGUGGAUCUACUCGAGACACCUGCUCUACAGCACCUACAUGCGCGAGUUCUCGGUGCGGCGCGACGUGAAACUUCGCGAGAUCUCAGACUACCAGAUCGAGCAAGACAAGCUGAACAAGCCGUUUGGAGACAACGGGAAGGCAACCGGCGGGCUCUGCGGCGCCUUCGCAUCGGGACCGGAGUACCUCUCCAAGCUCCUGGAUCAACUCCGUGCCUACCUCAAACUCAGCAGCUGGAUGGCGACGAGUCAGCACAUGGCGGCUCUCACGCUCUGCCUCUCGUGCAUCGCCGGCUACACGCGGCCUGUCUUCCUCGAUCAGAUGAUUGCUGCCUUCACCUUCUGGAACAACAUCGACCCGAGACGCUGGACGGUUCACCGCUACUCGUUCCUCAUGAUCUGCUGCGCUGUAGGCAUUUUGUACGACGUCUGGUGGAUGCGGAUCUACUUCCACGCGUGGAGUCUGACCUCCGUGGAGGCAGACAUCCACAACAUAACAAAGGUCUUCACUAUCUUUCUCUGCGUCUGGAAAAUCGUCUGCGGCAAUGAACUUUCCACCGCAACCGGCACCUACAUGCCCCUGAAGGUCGAGGAACCCGCAGUCUUGCAGCUGGCCUCCGCAGGACCGCCUUCGUCUGUCUUUCUGGGAUCUGGAGCGUCCGACCAUUAG